GCAGACCUCUCUGUAAAGCAGAGCUGAGCUGUGCUGACACUAAGACACUGUAGAUGAGCAAACUGUAUGUGUACUUCUCAGUGCAUGGACUCUGAACUGUGGAUACAUUUUUUCCUGGAGCUGACAAACAAGACUUCUUUCCUCCUAGGACUCUGGACAGUUGAUCUGAACGAUUCAUUGUUCCUUUUGAGGGUUUUUCUCUUGUUUAUCUGCUGCGAUCAGGAUGCUUAGCCCUGUUACUUUGCAUCAGAUAAUUUCCACCCUGUUUGUUCUCGGCAGUGCUGCAGUGAUGUCUGCAGAGGGUGAGUGUCCAGCUGAGUGCUACUGUGCCCCUUCACCUCCGCUGUGCCCACUGGGCGUCAGCUGGGUGACUGAUCACUGUGGCUGCUGUAAAGUUUGUGCAAGGCAGUUCAAUGAAGACUGCAGCGCCACUGAACCUUGUGAUCACAUCAAGGGACUACGCUGCCAUCUUGGGGCUGGAGGAGAUCCAGAGAGAGGACUAUGUCGAGCUGAAGCCCAGGGUCUGCCCUGUGAGUUCAGUGGGCAGGUGUACCAGCACAGCGAGGACUUUCAGCCUAACUGCCAGCACCGGUGCACUUGUAUGGAUGGGGUGGUGGGCUGCAUGCCUCUCUGUCCUCACUAUGUGCCCUUACCCGACUGGCGCUGCUUGCGGCCCCGCCUGGCCCAGCCUGAGAGUGGCUGCUGCAAGGAAUGGGUGUGUGACGAUGACAACCACAUCAGUGAGGAGCCAGAUGAGCUGACACACACCUCUCUACCAGACAGGCAACCCCUUCCCAACCACAUCAGUGCCCUGUUGCAGGCCCAGCUGCAGCCUCAGCACCCAGCUCUAGCCAGAGGGGCCAUGUUCAGAGAGAUGGUGUCCUUCCCCAUGUCUGAGAUGUUACUCAAAUCCAGCUGUUUCCCACAAACCACUGUGUGGACUGAGUGCUCCACCACAUGUGGGAUGGGCAUUUCAAGUCGGGUGACCAAUAACAACCCAGACUGUCGACUGGUCAGAGAAACCAGACUGUGCCAGGUCCAACAAUGUGAACUGCAUCUUCCUGUGGUGAUCAAGAAGGGGAAGAGGUGUCAGCGAACUGUUCGCCCCCAAGAACCAGUCAGAGUCACCUUUGCUGGAUGCUCAACAGCACGUCGAUAUCGUCCUCGGACCUGUGGGACUUGCAGCGAUGAUCGAUGCUGCACACCGUCCCUCUCCCGCACUGUGCGCCUCCGUUUUCACUGCCCUGAUGGAGAGGGUUUCUACAGAAACGUUAUGUGGAUUCAGCGCUGUAGUUGCAGUACAAGCUGUCGCAUGCAGGGCAGGCCCUCCAACCCCUCAGUCAGUCUCCACAAUGACAUCCACACCUUCAGGCACUGAGGCUGACACAUCACGCCCAGCAGAGGUGGGGGACUCGAGUUACAUGACUUGACUCAGAUGUGAAACACAAAUGUGUAGGCCUGACACUUGUUUGCCUAACACGGAUAAAAGACUCAAUUUGACCUUGACUUGGUGUAUCUGACCUGAGACUUGACAAAUGAGUUGAAAGGACUGGAUUUAUUUGCAUUUUUCUAGAUAUUGAGAAGUUAUGUUUUGUUUUUGAAACACGAUCAGGUGCAAACCUGCCAACCUAGUAGGACACGGUAGACCAACAGAGGCAUCUGUCAUGGAUGGGGCUAGUUCACAAAUAAUAAAAUUUGGAUUCAAGGAUGAUGUUGUUGAUGACAGUGGUAAGGAGAAAACAAAACAACAAAUAGAGAACAAAAAUCUGUGACAGGACCACCACAACAUCCAACUUUAUUGGUCGCUACAAAACUUAUAAGAAAGGUACAUGUAUUUUUAGCUAACUUAUUGGCUGGUCAAAUGUUAGCUAGUAAACAACUGUUUUCACUUCGAGCACUUUGGAGUUGUGGACUAUAUUAUAAUUUCAAAGGCCCACUCUCAAUUGUUGUUCAUUUCUGAGCCUUGUUAUUGAUUACCACACAAUAUUAAAUAAUGAUAAAAGAUUUAUACAGUGUAAUCAGGCUGCAACAGUUUUUGUUAAUGUUGAAAAUAGAACUCAACUUCUCAUGACCACUGUCAUUUAACUGACUUACAUAUGGAAACUGGGGUAGAGCAUCAGAAUUUUGUUUGACUUGUGACCUGCUUGACCCGAGCAAUGACUUGAUUUAUCUUGCUUGAUUUGCACCAUAGUACCUUAGGACUUGAGACUUGCACAUGUGUGACUUACUCCCACCUCUGAUCUCCAGCUCUGGCAUGGCACACUGGGUGAAGACACAGCACCUGUCCCUUCCUAAACUCACUGCCUCUGUGUCAGUCAGUUGGGUGGGAACCUCUAAGCUCCUGGCACCCCUCUCCCUAACAAGGUAAUACACUUGCUUGCACUUUAAGCCUCCUGCCACGAUGACAUCAGUUUGCCCGUAGUAGAGGUUUGUUACCUCUCAAAUAUCAGGGCAGCACUAAGGACCACACACAGCAUGCUGCUGUGUUAGUUUUUCUCUUAUUUAUUUUUAACUUGUGUAAUCUUCAUAGAUGGCAACAUGACCGUCUGGCAUGUCAAUGCAUAUUUUGUCUGAUGCAUUUUAAAUUAGUGAGCAAGAACUAGAUGACAAAAUACAUAUUCAUUAGUGACUAUAGGGACUGUGUGUUCAUUAUGGCCUGCCCUUUGUCCUACAUUGUUUCCUACAUGUGCUGAUUGUGAGUGUGUGUGUGUGUAUGUGUGUGUGUGCAUGCACGUGUAUGUCUAUCUUUGUGAGGACCAGUUUGAAUUUUAGGACAUUUUGGCUGGUCUUCACAAUUUUAAAGGGCUGUUUGAGGGUUAAGACUUGGUAUUAGGGUAUUAGGUUUAGGGUAAGGGUUGGGAUUAGACAUUUAGCAGUGAUGGUCAGGAUUACGAGAAGGGGCAUUAUGCAUUAUGUCAGAGUGUCCUCACAAAGAUAGAAUUACAAUGUAUGUAUGUGUGCAUAUCUGUGUGUGUGUGUGUGUGUGUGUGUGUGUGUGUGUGUGUGUGUGUGUUUGUGUGGGUGAAAGUGUAUUGGUAUGAAAAAUGAGAAACUUUUGCUCAUUAUGCUACUGCAGUACAUAGAUUAAAGCAUUCAAUGUAUACAGACUUCACUCUUAAUUGUGGAGUGGUAAGUUCUAGGAUCACCUCAUUUUUCGGGGUGUGAUUUUAUUUUAGUUUGUGUGUCAGUACUUGAGAUUGUACAUGCAAUGCUUUAUUUCAAGGGAGGAAAUGAUUUUAUAUAUUUAAGACAUGUUAUGCUUGUUCAUUGGAUGCUUUUGUCUGUUCAUCUAAUAAAAACAUAUCAACCUGUAA